GAACGCGGGGCCCACAUGGCAGUGGCAGCCCGCCUCUCCGCCUUUCCCACCGCCGCCGCCACUGCCGCCGCGCUGCGCCCAGCCUUCGUCGGCGUCCCCCGCGCCGCGUCGUCCCGCCGCCGGCGGAUCCCCCUACCCGGGUGGCCGGCCGCGGCCAUGUCGUCGUUGGCGCCGCCGCAGCAGCACAAGGCCGGGGCGUGGUACGCGGUGCCCGACCUCAGCCUCCGCGACCACCGGUUCGCCGUCCCGCUCGACCACUCCUCCCCCUCCCCCUCCCCGUCCGCCCCCACCAUCACCGUCUUCGCCCGCGAGGUCGUCGCCGCCGGAAAAGAAGAUUUGCCUCUGCCUUAUUUGUUGUUUCUACAAGGCGGGCCUGGAUUUGAGAGCCCCCGUCCUACUGAAGCAAGUGGAUGGAUAAAGAAAGCAUGUGAAGAACACCGUGUUGUGUUGCUCGAUCAGCGAGGGACAGGACUGUCAACACCAUUGACAACAUCAUCACUUUCCCAAAUAACAUCUGCAACAGAACAGGUGGAGUACUUGAAGCAUUUCAGGGCAGAUAGCAUAGUUAGGGAUGCAGAAUUUAUUCGUCUGCGUCUUGUGCCAGAUGCCAAGCCUUGGACAGUUUUAGGACAAAGUUAUGGCGGAUUUUGUGCUGUUACCUAUUUGAGUUUUGCUCCAGAAGGCCUGAAAUCUGUUCUUUUGACUGGGGGGCUUCCACCUCUAGGAAGUGCCUGCACUGCAGAUACUGUGUACAGGGCCUGUUUCAAACAAGUUCAACAGCAAAAUGAGAAGUAUUAUGCAAGAUAUCCUCAAGAUAUACAAGUCAUUCAUGAGGUUGUAAGAUAUUUGAAUGAAUCUGAAGGUGGAGGAGUUUCUCUCCCAUCAGGUGGUAGGUUAACUCCCAAGAUGUUGCAGUGCCUUGGAUUAUCUGGUUUGGGUUCUGGUGGAGGAUUUGAAAGGCUGCAUUAUCUGUUUGAGAGGGUGUGGGACCCUAUAUUAGUCCCUGGCGCAAAAAAGACUAUAAGUUAUUACUUCCUGAAAGAGUUUGAAAUGUGGUUAGGUUUUGAUCAAAAUCCACUUUAUGCUCUCUUGCACGAGUCUAUCUACUGUCAGGGUUCUCCAUCAAAAUGGUCAGCUCACAAGAUUGGCAGUGAAUGCGAAAGUUUAUUUGAUCCUAUUAAGGCUAUAAAAGAAGGCAAGCCUAUGUAUUUUACUGGAGAGAUGGUAUUUCCAUGUAUUUUUGAUGAGAUUCAUGCCUUGCGACCCUUCAAGGAGGCUGCCCAUAUGUUAGCUCACAAAGAGGACUGGCCUCCACUGUACGAUGUUAAUGUGCUGAACAACAAUAAGGUCCCGGUGGCUGCCGCUGUCUACUACGAGGACAUGUACGUCAACUUCAACAUCGCCAAGGAGACGGCCUCCCAGAUAGCGGGCAUCCGGCUCUGGAUUACCAACGAGUACAUGCACUCGGGCAUCCGCGACGGCGGCUCGCACGUCUUCGACCACUUGAUGGGUCUUCUCAACGGCAAGAAGCCUCUGUUUUAGCUGCCUAAUUUGGAGUAGCGAGAGUAAAACAAUUAGAUAUUACGCAAUAAAAUAAGAAAACUGGCAAUUCUUCGAAAAGAUAUCAGAGCUGACUUUCUUCCGGUAAUACUGAUAAUAAAAUCAACAUGUUAAAUUGUGGUUUUUUUUACUCUUUCUAUUUUGUGU